AUGGCCAACAAAGGUCCUAUUGUUGAUUCUGAUACGGUUCUAUUUUCCAAUGGUUUCGUAAAAUGUUAUUCGGAUCGUCUUAUCAUUGAUCUAUAUUAUUUUCCGGUUGGAAAAAAAACUGUUCACUAUGACAAAAUUCAAUCAUGUGAACUGCUGGAAAUGCGCGAUCUCAGUUUUUCAAAAUCCAAACUAUGGGGCAUGGCAUUGGCACCAAUUUGGUGGCAUUGUGAUUUCAGUCGUUAUUCUCGUCGAUAUUAUAUUCUAUUGAAUGCAAAUCAAUGGCCUCAAAUUGGUCUCACCAUGGAUGAUGAUGAUAUAAUAAAAGUCUAUAAAAUACUUAAAAAUAAAAUGGAUAUGAAUCAAUUACCAAAACAGUCACUGCCCGUUCGGAUCAAGACACAGUAG